AGUCUGGACCAAAAUGGUUUGGGCUUAAUUAUCCUCUUUGUUUCCACCUAAAACAUCCCGUUUCUUCAAUUCUCCUUUCAACAGUUCGUCAAUGAUCACACUUGCUGACUUUAUUGUGAGCGCCUUUCUUAGAUCUGUAGAUGCUAUAUGUGAUUUUUGAUGUGAGGUUGAAGCAAGAAAAAAUACCCAAUGUGUCAUCGCAGGAGAAGUGGUGGGCGUGGUUACUGCAUGCUUGAAGAUAAACAAUAUCCUAAUGACAAUAUCAAAAAUUUGGCAAGAUUUACUCUUUCCCUAGUAUUUCAGUUGCUUCUUAGUACUGUGAAGACAGAACUAUGAUGAAUUGAAUAUUGUUGCUAAUUUCGGUAAUGUUAGACUGAUGUGUCAUGUAGUUCAUCUUCUGUCUGCAUAUAAUCAUCUCUCUCUGAAAUUGCACACUUAAAAGUUAUAAGGAUAUUUAUAGCUAGUACAGCGGGAUUAUAGAAGCUAUUGUGUUGAAAUGUUGAAUAUUGCUAUAAAGGUGGAUUGGGGCAUAGGAGAACGGAUUUUGCCACAAUUAUGUCUCAGUUUGAGAGGCUUAUCAUCUUUGUUUUGUUAAUAUUAGAUUUUUCAUCCAUUAGGUUAGCCUCUAAUGCAUAGAAGAAAAAAAUAUGACCAUUGCUUUCUUAUGUUUGCGUGAAUUGUCUGAUUGCAGGUUAAGCAUCUGAAGUUGCCUUUACAUAAAAUGAGUUUGUGACAUUUGUGCUACAUGAAAAUUGUUUGAACUCUUAAUUUUAUGUAAUGGCAUGAUUUCACUAAGCAGUCCGCCAAGCUGGCAUUGGACAUAUUUAGUUAAAUUGGCUAUAUAUCAAUAUAUGUGCACUCUAGAUUAAUAGAAAUUGAAACAAAAACCAAACUUCAUAUAUGCAUUCCUAUGUUACCUGGACUUAUCUUGGGAAACCUCAUAGCAGACACAAUCACAUAAGUUGGCAUUGUAAGGUAAAAGUUUCAUGCUUUUGGUCCUAGAUGAAAGUAUUGAAGUAAAUUAUACCUAUGUUGGAGUGUUUAAGGAUGUGCACUAGUACUUAAAGUGAAAUGGAGAGUUCGAGUAAUACCAUUGAUGCGUUUCCCAUUCUGAUCUUAGUAGUGAUUUGUGCAAUGGAAUGACUGGUUCUUGUCGUAUUUUGGAGGACUUUUAAGGAGUAGGUGGAAUUACAAAUCAUACCUUUGCCAGGUUUCUUUGUUGAUAAGACUGGAAAAAAGUAGCAUUAUUCAGGAAUCUUUUAACCACUAACAAAACUCGCAUAGCUGGAGAGUUUUAAGUGUUUACUUACCUUUCCUUCUUUAAUGUUUAUGGCUUCCAGUAUAACAUGCUGUCAGGAUUUAUGCUUUAGCCUUUCCUUGUAAAUUAUUGUUGUCCAUGGUAAGUUUUUCAUGAGAAUUGAGAACAACUUUUCAGUGCUAUGAAUUUCUGUGCUACUGCAUACGCAUGGUUGCAUGGAGACUCAAAGCACAUUUUUUUUGUUUCUUGUUUCCACUUGGUAUGGCUGAAAUUAUCAGUGGGCUGAUAUGCUUCCGAAGUGUUUUACAUUGUAGCUAAAAACAUAAGUUUGGUUUGCUGUGCUAAAUUUUUAAGUCAUUAUACCUCUUUCCCUUCCUAGCAUUGUGAAUUGAUAGUCUUAAGUUUUUAGUUUUAAAUCAGUGUAAUUGUAGCCACGACAUUGGACAUAAACAUGUUAUACCAUUGGACAUAAACAUGUUAUAGUGUCUUAACGACAUUCUGUGUGUGGAAUGGCCAAGUAAAGAGGAGGUUUAUGAUGUAUGCACUCUUAUUCCUGUGAUUACAACUAUGUUACUCAGACUUUAGAACUAUGUACAUGUUUAUGUGUUGAACUUUAAAUGAAAAUGUUCUUUCUUUAGUCCAAUAUGGAGUGUCAAGUAUCCAUAUAAUUGGUCGAAGUAUCAAGGAUCACGGGUAUGUGAAUUAAAAUGAUGAGCUCAAACUAUAUAAGAUUGCAGAGUAACUCAAAGAUGUAUAUUUGUUUGCUCUGAUUUGAUAUGUGAUUAGCUAACAUACUUUUUUGAAGUAGGAGUCAACUUAUUGUGAUAUAAUUCGUAUAAGACAACAGAACACCUUCCAAAUCUAUACUAGUAUUUUCAGAUCAUAUAAAAAUCAGUUUAGUUCUGGAUUAUACUAGGUUACCUAAUAUCAGCAGACUCAGUGACAUAAAAUGACAUUACUAUACUGUAGAAAGGGCUUGGAAAAAUUGAACACAAGAUUGAAGAUUUCAUGGCUAUGCUAGCUUUAGGCUCCCGUUUGGCGUUUGUGGAAGUGUCCUGUGCUUGUUGCAAGUAAAGUUUUGCAGUAUUAUUAGUUUCACUUUGAAAUAAUGUGGUAUCAGAAAAUAAUGCUUAUUAUCCUGUCAUCUAUGAAUAAGUCUUGAUCAAAUUAUACAAUGGAAUAUUUUAACAGUGAUUCUGGUUUGUCUAUGUGAUUAAAUUGUGGGGUCUUUGACAAAGACAUUCUGUUUGUAAUGGUUCUAGGUAUUAUAUCAUGACAAACGAGGGAAAUUAAAUUAUUCUUUCUCACUUGUUGAAAUUAUGAUGAUUUAUAUCCACUGUUAGUUGGCCUGGUUAUACUUUUUUGAAGCGUUGUAUAUUCUGCAUCAAUCUAUAACAAACCUCGAAAAUAGAACUAGUACACAAAUUACUAUUGAGGGUAUAUUGAUGCUAUAAUCUGUGACUUAUAAAUUUCAGUAUUAAAUCAGAUGAAAGAAUCUAACUUAUUGUCCUUGCUCAAUGUUUGCCUCUGACAACCUGUAUGCAGAAUAUAAUAUGUACUCCAUAUGUAGCUGGAUGCUGAUAUAAUUGUUCCUGAUAAUUAUAAAUCUCUCUUACUAAGUUUAGUCGUCACAUUACUAGUCCAAAUUACACCAGCAACUGUAUUAUGGAUCGAGAGAAUAAUUCUAAGCUAUAUUUAUUAUUAUGUCUGAAUGUCACACGUAUAUCUGACUAUCCUUAUCUGCCAAUUCAUUGCCAAUCAUUUUAUGCUUAUCAAAUAUCAAUUGUUUUCUUGUUUUUGGGAGAGGGGGGGGAGAGGGGAUUCUGUCACUUUGCUGCCCCAGGUUCCCUUCCAAAGAGGGAAUUUCAAGAAAUGAUAAGUUGAUGGACCAUCGCCGAAUACAGUUCUUGACCUGUAGACAUCGAACUUGCACGUGGAAUGUCGAACAUCUGUUCAAUUUGGGUCCAAAGUGAUCGUAAAUCAGAAGUAACUACAGAAAGGUGAAUUUAAACGUGUGACAUACUGCUCGCGUCAUUUUCAACAUGAACUUGGUCUUAUCUACUGAUGCUAAGCCUAGGCUCAGAUGGACACCGGAUCUUCACCAACGAUUUGUCGAAGCAGUUGAUCAGCUUGGUGGUGCUAACAAAGCAACGCCGAAGGGUCUUAUGAGAGUGAUAGGCAUACCAGGACUUACUUUGUAUCACCUGAAGAGUCAUUUACAGAAAUUCAGGCUUGGAAAGAAUCAUCAGCACAUUCAGCAAUCAGAAACCUGCAGUGAAUCUAAACCAGAUGAUGCAGAUUAUGAAGAAAGCCAGGCCAUGGACACGCUUAAUCUAUUCGGCGAGGAAAAAGAAAUAAAUGAUCCAUCUCAAGAACAGAUCAAUGAAAAUGUUCAGAUAUCCGAGGCUAUAAAAGUGCAGAUGGAGGUACAAAAGAAACUUCAUGAACAGAUUGAGGUACAAAGACACUUGCAGUUGCGAAUCGAAGCUCAAGGAAAAUAUUUACAGAAGGUGCUGAAGAAAGCGCAGGAAACACUGUCAAGCUAUAACUGCACAGCAGCAGGAGUCGAACAUGCAAAAGCCGAACUUUCACAACUAGUCUCCAUGGUUAGCACUUCAUCAUUCUCUGGUCUAACAGAGGUGACAGAUUUAUCACUAGAACAAAAGCAUAUAAUGAGACAUGCAGUAUGUUCUGCUGAAAGCUCCUUGACUUCAUCCGAGAGCUCGGAGCAGAAAGAAACAGGACUCGAAAACGAAGAGAUUACCGAUAAGGGUAGCCAAGAACAAUGCCUAUUUGUUCUCCCAUUAUUCGAUCAAUCGAGAACGAAAGGGUCGGGGCCGAGGAAGAGGAGCAGAAGCAUAGUAUUUGAUAGCAACUGUGUAGAGCAAACAGACAGUAAGAAAUCAUGUAAACAAGGUUAUGGAGAGGAAAUGGGACAUGGGCUAAAAAAGUUUGGACUUUUGGAGACAAUUGAUCUGAAUAGCCAAUGUGAGAAUGACUUAGAUUUAGGUCCAAGGCAAGCAAUAGACUUGAAUUCAAAGGAAUAGAAAUAUUCAAUGUGCAUCUUUAUUAGGUGCUUUUUAGUGGACCAUUAAGCUAGAUUAUUGGCCCUUAAUUUACGUAUAAUAUAGUCAUUUUUAUGCGCCAAAAUAGUGGGUUAUAGGAGAUAAUGUUUGUUUAUAAUAACUUAUCUGAUAUUGUUUGUAUAUUUUUGGACUUUCUGCCAACUUUUUAGAGUAUAUACUGAAAACAAUUUAUCUGUAAUGUUAUAGGAGUAUGUGUACAUAAAGUAGCUCACUUUUCUUA